AUGCCUGAGCCCGGCGGCCGUUGCCUCGGCGACCUUGGUCAGCGCCAGCUGCUCAAGGGCUGGCCUGACCUGUGGCUGGUGGGGGACAAGCCCGGCGGCCUCCGCGCGCGCUCCACCACCGCGGCCAUGGCGGCCGCGCCACACCCGCCGCCAUCGCCGCCGCCCGAGCCCGACCAAACCCUAGCGCUCCCGGACGUGCUCCUCCUCCGCGUCCUCGCCUGCCUCCCGGAGCCCCACCUCACGGGCGCCGCCUCGCUGGUCUGCAGGCGGUGGACGCGCCUCGCGGGGCGCCUGCGCCGCCGCCUCGCCGUGCGGGACUGGGCCUUCGUCGCGCACCGCCUGCCCUACCGCUUCCCCGACCUGGCCGACCUCGACCUGUUCCCGGCCUCCAUCGCCGCGCUCACCGCCGCGGCGGCGCCCCACGCCUCCCCGCUCCUAACCUGCGGCGCGGUCUCGCUAACCCUAGACGCCAGCGCGGACCCGCCGCUCGGCGCAUGCCGCUUCGUCGACGACGACGCGCUCGAUCGGGGGCUCGCCGCCGUCGCCGCUAGCUUCCCCAGCCUCCGCCGUCUCUCGGCCACCGCCGCCUCCGAGUCCGGUGGGCUCAUGGCCAUCGCCGGCGGAUGCCCGACGCUGCAGGAGCUCGAGCUCCACCGCUGCACCGACCUCGCCCUCCGCCCGGUCUCUGCCUUCGCGCACCUCCAGAUCCUCCGCAUUGUCGCCGCGUCCCCCGCGUUCUACGGCACCGCCGAGGGCGGCGGCGUCACCGACAUCGGCCUCACCAUCCUCGCCCAUGGAUGCAAGCGGCUCGUCAAGCUGGAGCUUCAGGGUUGCGAGGGGAGCUACGACGGCAUCGCGGCUGUGGGCCGCUGCUGUGCGAUGCUUGAGGAGCUCACCAUCGUUGACCACAGGAUGGACGGCGGGUGGCUUGCCGCCCUAGCAUUCUGUGGGAACCUCAAGACCCUGCGGCUGCAGAGUUGCAGCAGGAUCGACGACGACCCUGGCCCGGCGGAACACCUUGGUGCUUGUCUCACGCUCGAGAGCUUGCAGCUGCACCGGUGCCAGCUGCGUGACCGUAGCGCCCUCCACGCCCUCUUUUUGGUCUGCGAGGGAGCCCGUGAGAUACAGGUCCAGAAUUGCUGGGGCCUUGAAGAUGAUAUGUUUGCCUUGGCUGGCCUAUGCAGGAGAGUAAAAUUCCUGUUGUUAGAAGGGUGCUCACUAUUAACAACUCGAGGUCUCGAAUCGGUGAUAACCUCAUGGAGCGAUCUCCAGAGUCUAGAAGUUGUUACCUGCAACAAAAUCAAGGAUGAGGAAAUAACCCCUGCCCUUUCAGAGCUAUUCUCCAAUCUCAAAGAGCUGAAGUGGCGACCUGACAACAAGUCACUUCUUGCUGCGAGCCUCGUUGGCACUGGGAUGGGAAAGAAGGGCAGGGUAUUUUUCAAAAGGCUCCCGAUCCCGCUGCCCUGCAUGGGGGAGCCCACCGCCGCCUCCCGCGUCUCGCCGGGCUCCUCCCCGGCCCGCUCCGAGGCCUCGCGGGGCGCCCCUGGCUACAACGCCGACGCCGAGCCGGACCCGGAGCCCGAGGCCGAGGCCUCCGUGGGGCGGAGCACGCAGAUGCUGCUCGCGAUGGCCGCCAUGGGCGGGCGCGGCGGGCCCUACGGCCGCCGCCCGGCCUCGUCCUACGGCAGCUGCACCGCGUGGAGCGCCGGGUCGCUCACCAGGCACCGCCCCGCAUCGCCGUCCCCGAUCUGCAGCCCCGUGAACAGCCACGGCGGCGGCGGGGAGGAGGACCGCGAACCGCACGGCGGUGACGACGCCUCCUCGUUCGUCACGCCACGGAUGGAAGAAGAGCAAGGGAGGGCCAGAGCAGAUUUCAUGAAUCCUUCUGCUACACCACGAAACAUCAGACAGACACCCAGGCACCCUUCCCUGCUGGAUAGGAGAGUUGAAGGGGCCAAUCAAAUGCCUCCAAGAUUCAUUCACAAGACCACACCAGCUAGAUUUAUGCGCCGAGUUCGCUCCUCACAUAAUUUCCGUCAGCGCGUGGGUGCACUAGAUGCUAUCAAUGAAUGGAGACUGCCCAAAGUCAGUGAAGGGGAUGACGAGGGAGGUGAUAAAAAAGACUGGCAGGCUGAUACCGUGUCAUCUCGUAUAUCCUCAGCUCGUGAUUGGAAUUUUGAGUCUGAUGGUGCCUAUGAGGGUAGCAAUCAUAGUGAUCGUGCAUUUGGCGAUUCAGAUGGUGAGAACUGUCCAGUUGAAGUGCAAAGGAUGGAGAGACGGAUCCCGAGCUCCGUGUUAAAACCACAAGGCAAUUUAGUCCAUGCCAAGUUGGUUGCCUGGAAGGAUGCGCAGAUUGCAAAGCUCAUAGAAAAGCUGAAAAGGAAAGAAGCCGAUAUUGAUGAUUGGCAUUGGAAGAAGAUCGCAAAGGCCAAGCAGAAGAUGAGAAGUGCUGAGUUGAAGUUGGAGAAGAAGAGAGCGGAAGCGGCAGAAAAGAUGCAAAAGGCGAUAAAGCAUGCACAAAAAAAAGCUGAUAAGAAGAAAGUCAAGGAGCAGGUAGCCACUAAAGUUCAGAUAGAUGGUGUUGAGAGGGCAUUGGAUAAGAUGUCAAGGACAGGAAGACUCCCCUGGUCACUAGCUUUUUUGUGA